UGUGCUCGAGCUCACCUUUCUAAUGCACGCUCAGGUGACCGAGCGAGCGCUGUGCGGUGUCGUCAGAAAUCUCUGGAUCUUUAAAGUCUGUUCUGACAGAAUCAACAAACCCACGACGACAACGACAUUUGGACCACGGUAAUGAGAGAAAUAAUGACGCGGGGGUAUGAUCGGUUUAACUCCAGUCGAAGAAUAUUAUGACAGAGCUACACAGAGAGCUGCUGAACUGAAGUUUUGCCAGGUGUCGAAGAGAAACAGCGUUUGAAGACUAAAGGCAAAGACCCCCUUUGAAUAGUUCUCAAUCAACAUGCCUCAUUGAGCUCCGGAAAGCUCUGAAGAUGCGAAUGUUUCCAGCCUUGUGGAGUACUGUGUUCCCAGCAGCAGCUUUCAGCAGUGGUCUGACUGAGUAUCUUAUGUGACCAUCCAGAUAAUCAUUCUGGGUUGAAACUGGCUUCAACUCCAUCCUUCAAAGUGAACAUGAUGGUUUAAUAUUGCUGUGAAGGUGCAACAAUGACAUCUAUGGUUGUCAAUGGGAACCGUGGUGGCCAGACACUGGUCCUGACAGGAGUGGAUCCUGAAACAUGCAUGAUUGUGUUCAAAAACCACUGGGCACAGGUGGUGAAGAUUCUAGAGAAGCAUGACCCUUUGCGCAGUAAUACUGGUGGUCUGGGUGGAGGCCAUGGUCUGGCUGGAGGUGGAGGACUCGGCAGCUUUCGUUUUGGACCAAUCCCGGGUGAUGAGGCCAGCGCUGUGCAGAACUAUGUAGAACACAUGCUCUUUCUCCUCAUGGAGGAGGAAUGUGGUCAAAAUGGAGCCAUGGGGCCCAUCCUGGAGUUUGUAGUGAUGGAGAAUGUAUUGGAGAGGCUAUUCAUCUGGAGCUUGAGACGAGAAUUCACAGACGACAUGAAAUUAGAGCAGCUAAAGAUGUAUGAGAUGCUGAUCGGUCAAGCCAGGCAGCCAUUGCUUCAUCAUAAACCUGUGUUGAAGCCCUUAAUGAUGCUUCUGUCAUCCUGCUCCGGGUCUCCGACAGGUCCGAGCUCCCCCGCUGUGGAGACAGAACUCGUGCUGCUCCUGAACCAGCUGUGCUGUGUCCUGGCUAAAGAUCCUUCAGUCCUGGAGCUGUUUUUCCAUACCAGUGAGGACCAAGGAGCUGCUAACUUCCUCAUCUUCUCCCUGCUCAUCCCUUUCAUACACAGGGAAGGAUCAGUCGGACAGCAGGCCAGAGAUGCUCUUCUACUUAUUAUGGCUCUUUCUGCUGAAAAUCAUGUUGUAGCCAAACACAUUGCAGAGAACACCUACUUCUGUCCGGUUUUGGCUACAGGUCUGAGCGGCCUUUAUUCAUCUUUGCCUACCAAGUUGGAUGUACCCAGUGAAGAGUGGCACUGUCUGCACCGUGACGACUGGCAACAACUGCCUGCUCUUGUGCAGUUUCUUAACUCUCUGGAGUUCUGCAAUGCCGUCAUACAGGUGGCUCAUCCUUCCAUCAGAGACCAGCUGGUUGGCUACAUCCACAAUGGUUUUCUGGUACCUGUUCUAGCACCAGCAUUGCACAAGCUGACACUUGAAGAGGUGAUGACCACAACCGCAUACCUGGACCUGUUUAUACGCAGUGUUUCUGAACCUGCCUUGCUGCAUACCUUCCUCAGCUUCAUCUUGCUCCAUCGCCAUGACAGUGUGCACAUUUUGGACACACUAGUCAGCCGCAUCAACACUCCUUUUCAGCUGGGCACUGUAUCUCUGGCUCUGUUUCGCACUCUCAUCGGCUUAUACUGUGAGGAUGUCAUGCUCCAGUUGAUUUUCAAGUACCUGAUCCCCUGUAACCACAUGAUGUUGAGUCAGCGUAGAGUCCUGAAUGAGAGAGACUGUUACUCCGUGUCGGCCGCCAAGAUUCUAGCCCUUACACCCUCUUGCUGCUCUCCCGAGAUCAUCCCCCCUCCUCUUAGACAGCUGGACUCAAUCCUCUGGUCAAAAGGCACUGAUGGCUCCCAAACUGGAACUAUGGAAACAAAGGAGACCCUCUUAGCAGAGGAUGACUGUGUAAUUGGCUCAGAGAUCUACCUGGAUGUCAGUUACCUACACUAUUUGUACGAUGCUCGAAACAGCAUUAGUCACUGUAUGCGAGCAUGCAGUGUGUGGUCUGCCCCUUACAAUGGUGAGAACCCUCCUCCAGAGGAAUACCAGCGCAGCACAUUGGAUGAAGCAAAUAGAACUAGGUCAUCAGUUGCCACCAGGAAAAAAACUAAUUCAGUGUAUAACUCUGGUCCACCCCUCAAAGACCUCUCUGCUACUCCUGGAUUGCUGGAUCUGGAGUGGGAUGAUAGUUAUGAUGCUUGUCCUGCACAAGUGCAUACAGAAGAAGAUCAGGAGACUCGCCACAUCCCGGACGAGCCCCCAGAGCACAUUCAAGAACUGAGGAGAACUGCUAUUAUGUUUGUGAAGGGCUCUUACAUUGAAGAGUCUGAGUUUCAGAACGAUGUUAUGGUCUAUAACCUUGUAGCUCAGAAGGACGCCAAUGAUUCUGGCAAUAAUUAUCGUGAUCCAUCCAAACCUACUGAACCACAAAAACAGGAGGUCUUAGAUGGACGAACAACUGAUCAAAAAGCUAAAAAUUCAGAAUCCUCAUUAAACAAUGGGUUGAACUCCCCAGUUAAUGAAAUGGACAGUAAAAAGAGGGGGUCACAAUCAGACCAAAAGCUACAAGGCCCAGAAGGGGAGGAUCUUAUGGCCCAGUAUGAGGAACUGAUUAGAACUCUAGGUGCACAGCCUAAUAGUCCAACAAAAGCAGACAGUGAGCUCAAGAGUCGUGUUGACCUCAUAGAUGACGAGGAGGAUGAAAUGGACUUUAAUUCAUUCUCGCCAGAGACACCAGAAGCAGAAAAGUUGCCUUCUCCUUUUGGAACCAAACCUCGCAGUGGGAGCAAGGGUCAUGCUGUGCCUUUUACAGGGCCGUUUGUGAGUGUACUGUUGUCUCGACUAGAAAACAUGCCCAGUAACACUCUCCAUGUGAACUUGCUUCUGACCGGCAUCCUGGCUCAGUUAGCCGCUUACCCUCAACCCCUGCUGCGAUCUUUCCUUCUCAACACAAACUUGGUGUUCCAGCCUAGUGUCCGCUCACUAUACCAGGUUCUGGCCUCAGUGAAGAACCAGAUAGAUGUAUGGUCAUCAAAAAAUAAAGACUCCUCUGAGCUCCUCACAGCCGCUCAGCACUGCCUACUGGCCAGAGAGAGUUCACUAAGAGAUCCUCAAAGUUCACAAGCUGAAGAUGCUUCUGAGGCCGACCGAAUCAAGAGGAACUCCGCUAUUCAACCCAAAACUGUGGUUCCCCUAAGCAAAACAGAGGUAUACGCCACAGUUCUGUUCGCCGAAUUCUUAAAAGAACUGGCAGCCAUUGCACAAGAACACUCCAUCCUCUCUCAUCUUCCCACAGAGCAGUAGUCUUCAAUUGUGCUUUUAAAUUUAUUGUUUUAUGUUACCAGGAAACCUCAGAACUUUUGACAUUUUGAAUGAAUUUUAGUUUUUAUUGCAAGAACUAUAGCCUCUAAAUUAAUUUGGGAAUGUCUUGUUGUAAAUAAUUUUGAGGGAGUAUCCUUUCGGCAUUUGUUUGUCUGCUGUGUGAACAACAUUGUCUUUAAAUUUCCAUCAUUUUGGUUAUUACUAAUACCCAUUGCAGCACAAAUGAUCACUCAUAUAAUCAUAUAUUUAUACUGGUGUUUUCUUUUUAAAAUAGCCAUUUUUAUUGAAAAAAAAAAAGUGCAUUUUUAUUGCUUUUCAGAAAAACAGUCUCUAUCUCCACUAUAUAGACUAAAAUGCAUGUUAUCAUUCCCAAUCACUGCAUGCCUCAGUCCGUUUACUAUUUGUAUACUGUUUGUAUGGUCAUAUGAUCAGGGCUUGACGAAUGAACAGUAUGUGAUAGUCCAGAAGACCAGUCAGAGAGCGAUUGUAUUCCAAGCUAUGCCUCUUUUCAAGGGCACUAUCAUAUAUCCGGUGCAAUGAAUCACAAGACGUGUUUUCAGACCAGCGCAACCCUAAUUUUCAUGUUUUGCACCACAUUGUUUAAAUAGCAAAAUCAUUUUUGCCACUUUGUGGACACAUUGGGUGUGCUGCUCUGUAAAGAAGGCAUGUUGAGGUGCAUUGUUAGCGCGUUGCUAUUUUGAGGAACUGAAAUGGACUGUGCUGGACUUUAGACAAGAUUUUACCUGGUCAAUAGCAAAAAGCGCGUUAGUUAUGCGCCUAUGUAGGUUCAAAGGUUUAAUAUACAGGAUGUACAGCAAUACACAAAUAUCUUUACAUAUGAAAAAUAAAUUAAAUAUUACA